AUGAAUACUUUGUUUUUAAGUAUUUUAAUUCUGAUUACUUAAGUAUACAGUUAAUGUACAUCUUAAUAAUAUGAUGAUGGAUUAGGAGGCUGUUUAAAUUGCCUUACUGAAUGUGCAACAUGUUCUGAUGGGACAACUUGCGAUAAUUGCAUAUAAGGUUGGUAUUUGUCUGGCAGUACAUGCUUGAAUUGUGAUGUAAACUGUUUAGAAUGCUAAAAUAACUCCAAUUAUUGCACGAAAUGCAAUAUACUCUAAAAUAAAUAUUUGGAUACUACAAGUAAUACAUGCGUAUCAUGUGAUCCACCAAAAUUCAAAAACCAGGAGAAUUGUGUAGAUACUUGCCCUUUAUAUAUAAAUUCAGUAGAUAGCACUUGUGUUAAUAGUUGUUACGAAAACUGUUAAACGUGUUUAUUAUAUUAUAAUCAUUGCUUAUCAUGUGCAUCAAAUAUGUAUUUAAAUGAAUCAUUAAAUAUUUGCUAAUUGAAUUGCGAUUCAAACUGUGCUACCUGUUUUGAAAAAACAACAACAUGUACUUCAUGUGACUCGGGUAAAUAUUUAAAUUCGUCCUCUCAUUAAUGCUAAUCAAGUUGUGACAGUAAUUGCUUGACUUGUUAGACUACAACAAUAUAUUGUAUUUCUUGUGAUACAGGAUAAUAUUUAAAUGAGUCAAAUCAUUAAUGCUAAUCAAGCUGUGAUAGCAAUUGCUUGACUUGUUAGACUACAACAAAAUAUUGUCUAUCGUGUGAUUCUGGCUAUGCAUUGAAUGCAACAACUCAUUAAUGUGAGUUAAUUUGUGAUAGUAAUUGUCUAACUUGCUAGACUACAUCAACUCAUUGCUUAUCUUGUGAUUCUGGUAAAUAUUUAAAUUCAUCAAUACAUUAAUGCGAAUCAAGCUGCGAUAGCAAUUGUUUAACUUGUUAGACGACAACAACAUAUUGCUUAACGUGUGAUGCAGGUAAUUAUUUGAAUUCAUUAACUCAUUAAUGUUAAUCGAGUUGUGAUAGUAAUUGUGCAACUUGUUAAACUACAACUACUUAUUGCUUGACUUGUAAUUCAGGUAGUUAUUUAAAUUCAUCAACUCAUUAGUGCUAGUCAAAUUGUGAUAGUAAUUGCUUGACUUGUUAAAACACCACCAUAUAGUGUUUAACUUGUGAUAUAGGAAAUUAUUUAAAUUCAUCAACUUAUUAGUGCUAAUCGAAUUGUGAUAGUAAUUGUGCAACCUGUUAGACCACAACGACAUAUUGCUUAACUUGCGAUUCAGGCAAUUAUUUAAAUUCAUCAACUCAUUAGUGCUAGUCAAAUUGUGAUAGUAAUUGUUUGACUUGUCAAAAUACAACCACGUAAUGUUUAACAUGUGAUUCAGGAAAUUAUUUAAAUUCAUCAACUCAUUAAUGCGAAUCAAGCUGUGAUAGCAAUUGCUCCACUUGUUAGACGACAACUACAUAUUGCAUAACUUGUGAUACAGGUAAUUAUUUGAAUUUAUUCACUCAUUUUUGCUAACCAAGUUGUGAUAGUAAUUGCUUGACUUGUUAAAACACAACAAUAUAUUGUUUAUCGUGUGAUUCUGGCAAUACAUUGAAUGCAACAACUCAUUAAUGUGAGUUAACUUGUGAUAGUAAUUGUCUAACUUGCUAGACUACAUCAACUCAUUGCUUAUCUUGUGAUUCUGGUAAAUAUUUAAAUUCAUCAACUCAUUAAUGCGAAUCAAGCUGUGAUAGCAAUUGUUUGACUUGUCAAAAUACAACAACAUAUUGUGUAUCUUGUGAUUCUGGUAAUUAUUUUAAAUUCUUCAAAUCAUUAAUGCCAAUCCAGUUGCGAUAGCAAUUGCCUGACUUGUUAAAACACAACAACAUAUUGUUUGUCUUGUGA